UUUAAAAAUGCAGCUUCCCUUGCAGUAUUGUGCAUUUUAAAAUUUAACUAAAAUUAAUUUUAUCUUAGAAAAUAAUGUACUGCGUCUUAAUUUUCUUCGCGGCGCUAUCAAGUCUAGUGCAAUGCUCAGACACGGGCAUUGUAUCUGCUAAUAAUGAGACGAAGAGGAUAUUUGUUUAUAAUACGUAUAAGUACAACUCGACGAUCCACAUUGUCGUGAACGACACAACCGAACAGUUCUUAGACUUCUAUGAGGAUUCCGACACGUGGCAUGGAUACCCGACGCGCGUCCAUGUCUCCAGCAAUGAUACCAUCAGCGGCGAGUACCCGCUGUUUAUCACCGCCACGCAGCAGAAAGGGGUAUCAUCAUGGGAACUGCCUUUGGUAGUUGCCACGAAGACGGCGCGACUGCAAUUCAACGACGUCUCACGCACUCUGUGCCCGCACGACGCGGGGCCCAAUAUAACGUCAGUAAACCGGCCGUUCCUCCAGAUAACCACUUCGAGUCCUCAAAAUGUAUCCGCCACCAUCAAGGUUCGUCGAGUGAGGGAUUUCUACGUCGAGGUUGGGAAGGACGUGGAGUUGCUAGUCAAACCAAGCACACCCAAAUACUACUACUUCUCGUUUGACUCGUCGCCACAGAAUGUAUCGGUUGGGGGAAGGAAGGAGAUGCUGCCGAGCUUCAACUACACCAUUCCGAAGAGCGUGAUACUUAUCAUCGAUUCAGACGAUGAGAUCUGCGCUACAAUCUCUAUACAGAACAACUCGUGCCCGGUGUUUGACAACGAGCGAGACGUGCUAUACCAGGGCUACCACCUCACCAUGACUACUAAAGGAGGCAUCACGCUUACCCAAUCGAUGUUCCCGCAAGGCUUCUACAUCGUGUUCAUCGUCCGUGAAAACGACGAGGCGUGCACGGGAGACGCCGUCGCUCAAAACUAUCUCGAGAACAGGACCAAGAACUUUAGAUUCCGCGUGAUAGCGACCAUAUCGUACAAGGAGUACGUGAUCGGCGCCGCCGCCACGUUCGCUCUGACGCUACUGGUGGCGGCGCUAGUGGCGCUCCUGCCGUUGACGUGCCACUGCCGCGCUACUGAAGAAGUGGUAGUACUAAACGACCCCGGACCGUCGACGUCUCGUGACCCGCCCGUGGCCGCGCCGGCGCCAGUUCAAGACGAUGACCAGGACGACGGUAUCUAUCUUUCAGACUCCAUCACGGACUCGAUCCCGGAACUCCCAGUAUGGGCGGCGCUGAGACAACCGCUAACACUCGCGGGACUUUCCCGCUCUACGCCGAGCGCUCACUCUGCUAGGUCCAACAGGUAUUUCUGGAGCUCUCUGACGGUGGCGGUCGUAUACGCAUUGCCGGUUGUGCAACUGCUCUUCACGUACCAACAUAUGGUAUUCCAAACGGGCGACCAAGACCUGUGCUACUACAACUUUCUGUGCGCGCACCCCGUGGGCUCGCUGUCCGACUUCAACCACGUGUACUCCAACGUGGGUUAUGUUGUGCUCGGGCUGAUAUUCAUGGCGCAAGUGCACAGGCGGCGCGGGCUGCCACAGCACCUGGGCAUCCCGCAGCACCCUGGCUUGCUGUACUCCAUGGCUCUAGCGCUGGCGAUGGAAGGACUGCUGUCUGCUUGCUACCACCUCUGCCCCAACAAGAUGAAUUUCCAGUUCGACUCGUCGUUCAUGUACGUGAUAGCGGUGCUGUGCAUGGUCAAGAUCUACCAGUCGCGGCAUCCUGACGUCAACGCGCGCGCUCACGCUACCUUCAUGUUGCUCGCACUCGUCAUGGCACUCGGUCUCUUUGGCAUAAUGUACCCCAGCGUGUAUUUCUGGACUUUCUUCACCAUUCUACAUUUGACCACUUGCCUCGUGCUCACGCUCAAAAUAUACUACGUGGGGCAGUUUAAACUCGAAUUACGCGUAUUCCCGCGUGGCUGGGGGUUACUCCGCGAGCACGGUAGAUACGCACUGAAGCCGAACUACACCGCGCGCGCUGUCUUGCUGGCACUGGCCAAUGUGGCCAACUGGGCUCUGGCUGUUUAUGGCCUAUACGAGCACAACAAAGACUUCGCGCGUCACGUACUAGCCAUCUUAAUGGGCAACACGUUCCUCUACACGAUAUUCUACGUGUGCAUGAAGCUGGUCCACCGCGAGAAGCUGUAUGCCCACACGUGGGCGUACCUCGUGGCCACCUUCGCUUGCUGGGCUCUGGCGGUCGUGUUCUUCUUGGAUUCGAGGACUAAGUGGUCGCAAACGCCAGCCAUGUCUCGUCGUCACAACGCAGUGUGCUCUGCGCUACAGUUCUACGAUUCCCACGACGUGUGGCACUUCGCAUCCGCCGCGGCUAUGUUCUUAUACUUUAACAUGCUAUUGACAGUAGAUGACGCUUUGCGGGACACCCCGAGGACCGAGAUUCCAGUGUUCUAACUUCUAAGCAACCUCAAAAUCGGAGAUCUCAUACUCAAUAAUUGCUUAUGAGUUUGUUUUGAGUCUGCAAAAAUUUUUUAACACAAAAUAAGAUCCCUUUCAGCAGAUGCAAGACAAAGUAUCGGUGUUUUAAACAACCUCAUAAUCUGAGAUCUCAUGCUCAAUAUUGCUUUUGAGUCUGCAAAAGUAUUAGAAUACAAUAUUUUGCUCAGUGGAUGUAACUUGAGCAUCGUUUAAAGGCUCAUUUAGGUCUGCAAAAAAAAGAAGAUGUUAAAAGGGGUUGAUUGAAACUUAAAACUAUUUGACAAAAUGUAUGGUGUCUGACUAUCAAUUAUUGGGAAAUAUUUUUUUAACUUGCACAUUUUUUUUGUAGAUGUAUGUAUUGACUAACGCCCAUUUCUAACAAAGCGCUAUGGACGUUCAAAGUAUGAAAAACUUAAUCAAACUAUUUUUUAAACCUAAGAUUAUAUUCCUCUAUUUUAUAC